AAUAUCUCCUUCCUUAUUUAAAAGUACCACCAUUCUCUCUUCCUCUUCUUCCCCCAAACAAAAUUGAAAACAAAAUCUGAGAGUUCUUGAUAUCGAUUUUGAUUAAGAGAGAGAGAGAUGGAGAACAAUAACAAUGGAGGAGGAGGAGUGAAACCUGCAGUUUCAGCGAUGGAAGCUUUCGAGAAGCUAGAGAAAGUAGGCGAAGGUACUUACGGGAAAGUGUACAGAGCGAGAGAGAAAGCAACAGGGAUGAUCGUUGCUUUGAAGAAGACCCGUCUCCAUGAGGAUGAAGAAGGCGUUCCUCCCACUACUCUUCGCGAGAUCUCUAUCUUGCGCAUGCUCGCUCGUGAUCCCCACAUCGUCAGUUUGUAUCUUCUUCUUCUUCUACCAAGGUUGAUGGAUGUAAAGCAAGGAAUAAACAAAGAAGGGAAAACUGUACUCUACCUUGUUUUCGAGUAUGUUGACACUGAUCUCAAGAAAUUCAUUAGAAGCUUUCGUCAAGCUGGGCAGAACAUUCCUCAGAACACUGUCAAGAGCUUGAUGUACCAGUUAUGCAAAGGCAUGGCUUUUUGCCAUGGUCAUGGAGUGUUGCACAGGGAUCUUAAGCCUCACAAUCUCUUGAUGGACCGGAACACAAUGACGCUUAAAAUAGCCGAUCUUGGAUUAGCCAGAGCCUUCACUCUCCCAAUGAAAAAGUAUACACAUGAGAUUCUAACUCUAUGGUACAGAGCUCCAGAAGUCCUUCUUGGAGCAACCCAUUACUCAACUGCAGUAGAUAUGUGGUCUGUUGGCUGCAUUUUUGCUGAACUCGUGACCAAGCAAGCAAUCUUUGCUGGAGACUCUGAGCUCCAACAGCUUCUCCGUAUUUUCAGGUUGCUGGGAACACCAAACGAAGAAGUGUGGCCUGGAGUGAGCAAACUCAAGGAUUGGCAUGAAUACCCACAAUGGAAACCGUUGAGUCUCUCCACUGCUGUUCCAAACCUCGAUGAGGCCGGACUUGAUCUCUUAUCUAAAAUGCUGGAGUACGAGCCAGCAAAACGAAUCUCAGCAAAGAAGGCUAUGGAGCAUCCUUACUUCGAUGACCUACCUGACAAGUCCUCUCUCUGAGGCUCUUUUAUGAACUCUCAGUAGGAUAUUUUGUUCCAUCUUUGUCUUUGCUUGUCUCAAGCAUUUUUCUGUUUUCUUAGGAUGAUUGAAGUUUUAAUGUUGAUUGGGUCUUUACUCCCAGUUGUAUAACCCUCCAACCAUUUUAACAAUGAAAGAAUACAUCAAUUGCU